GGGAAUUCUAAGUUGGAAAUGGCGAUGAGACGCGCCCGGAUGCCGCGACGAUCCGUGCACCCGCGGCCACCCACGGAAAACGGAGAUGGAUGGGAGGUGUCGCUCCCAGCAAGCUACACGAUUCAAGGAUUGGAUACCGAGUGGAGAGCCGUGACCCUGGGAAGAGGUCAGGCGUUCAUGAUGGUGGAAUGUUUGUGGGAUGGUUUCGCAAAGACAGCAGAACCCAUCCGCGCGAUGAUGAGGGAAGGUGGCACUAUGGAUUGGACAGAGGAUAGGGAAGAGGCAGCCCAGACCCUGAAAGACAUCCCGUCGUCCGAUCAGGUCACGUUAGCAGCACCCUGUUUCAAUGACGAGGUAGGACGAUCCUUCAUCUUAGAAACAGAUGGGGGACCAUUUGCAGUGGGAGGAGUAUUGAUACAGAGAAGUGAGGAGGGAAAAGAAAGACCAAUCAGAUUUGAAAGUAGGACCCUUAAUUCAGCAGAACGACGGUAUUCGCAGUUCAAGAAGGAGGUCUUAGCAAUUCUGCAUUGUCUUAAGACCUUCGAGGCAUACCUGUUCGGAAGGCAAUUCAUCCUAAGGAUCGAUCCCACCAACGUUGUCGGAGCCCUAAAGAACUACAAGCCCAUAGACCCGACUGUCAGCAGAUGGAUAGGCUUCAUAUGGAAAUUCGAUUAUAAGGUCGAGCGAAUUGCAGGGCUUCGAAAUAGGGCAGAUGGGUUGAGCAGGGUUUGUAUCAUGCUAGAAGGAGUAGAGGACGCAGAACCAAUUGACGCCUUCCUAGAGUACGAAGGAGGGACCCUUGUCGUGGACAAUGAGAUGGCAGAUCCUGCAAUUACAACAGGACAGUUGCUGAUUCAGACCCUGGAAAAGUUCGCACUUGUAGUAGUUGCAGAACUCAGGGAAGGACAAGUCACCACGGGCAGGCGCAAAGAGGAAAAAGACUUGUGGGGAGCAGAAGUAGAGGCUAGAGAGGAAUUGAUGGCAAUGACCGUGGAAGGGGGACGGGACACUGUAAUGACAUUGGCCGAAACAUGGGCGCAGAAGGAGUGUCAGUACCUAGUCAACCUCACUCGGGAGGAGCAGGGUGCGGAUCAGAACGAACAGGAAUUCUUUCUAAUACAAAUGUAUGAGGGCGUUUUCAAAGAAAUCGGGUUGCUGCUUGUCCGGAACAAACAACCCACGGAAGUCAGUCCCAAGGCAAGGGACGAAGUAUUAAAGUCGGAAGAGGGAGAGUCCUCAAGACAAGCCGGAGAAUCAAGCUCCAGGAAAAGGAAGUUGUAUGUGGGGUUCGAUCACAACCUAGUUGUGAACAGGGGAGGCAGGAAGCAAGGAACCAGGGGGCCAUCGCCGCUAAAGGAAGAGGAGCCAAUAGAAUUGCCAUCAGACAGUGACCUUAGUAGCAAGGAAGAGGGGAACCCGGAAAAAAGGCGAAGGAUGGAAGAGGGGAAUCUAGAGGAGGGGCAACAGCCGGGAGAGAAUGAGCCAGUUGAGUUCAUCGACCUCACCACCGAUGAGGAGGAGGAUGAAGUGACAACGCCUACUAGGGAAGAACGGGGGAGAGGGGAGCAACCGGGUGAGAAGAAGGAUAAAUGAAUAAAAGAGUUCGGAUAUGAGUUCAGCAAUUGGUUUGAUCAAUGGGGCACCAUCUUGCGAUACCAAUCGAUUAUGAAGGCAAGGGAAAAGUUGGGCAGGGGAGAGGAUCUAUCCCAACAACGUUCUUCAUAGAACAGACGCUCCUCCAAUUCCAAGCAAUAAAGAGGCAAUUGGAGC